UAUGUCGAUCCGGGCAAGGUCCUAAGCUCCGCGUUAUUGACCACAACCGUUCAACUAGCCGUGCACGUUCUUAUAUCAUCCACGACACUGUGUUCUAUCCUACACUAUUUGCCAUGGCCCUGCGGAAAUCAGAUGAUGAUCUCUUCUCCUCCUUGAUCUCCCACUACUUCCUCUACACUAAUACCACUCCUUGCCCUGUUCACCUCGAGCAGUUCCAAGUUUUAUCCGCCUAUAUUUGUGCCCUUCAAUUGUUUUACUUUACGCAGAAUCAACCAAGGACACCAGAGGGCGUGGUCUUCAGACAGUUCCAAAGACUGAAAAGACACUAUACUCUCGGCAGUCACUGGGACCCAGCGGCCCGGCACUUAUGCCCAACCAAACCAGCCCAAUUGGACCCAUCGCGUACCGUCUGGCUGGAACCGAUCUCGUUUCAACAACUCCGAAUACGGCCAGGUCGGAUUAGACGUCGUCGUCAGUUGCCCACAAGCAGUGUAGCAUCAUUCGCUUGGCCGAGGGAGCUUGUCAGGCAAAAAUCCUUGAGCAAGUUAGUUGCCCGGACUCGACCUUUCUCCCACUUUUAGGUCGAGACCACCAACCGGAAUUGUCCUCAUCCGAGAGUUCUGGUCAUCCCAAUAGCAAAGCCUGAUGACCCUCUUGAUUCAGUCACAUUUGUUUGCCGACCACCGGUGACCCUAUUAUGUAGAACUCACAACGUGUCAGGUUUCUUGUUACCUUAACCGGAAGAGGCAGUUAAGUAUCAUACCACUACUCCGCGGAAAACCAAUUUCAGAAAGGCGGUCAGCAUUCAACAUUCUCGCUUUACCUCAGCAAUAACACACCUACAAACGCUACCGAUCCCUCGAGGCCCAGUUUUCCAUU